AUGAGUGCUGAAUUGGCAUGCCCAAGCCUCUUCUGCGACUACAAGACCGGCCACGCCGGCCAUCUGAAGCGACACGUGAUGGCAAUGCACCCGGAGCUCGAAGCGCCAAAGUCAAUGCCUCGUUCCCCAGGGCAAUAUCAUUGCGCAGAGUGCGGUGACUUGUUUGCGUCGACAAAAUCGCUGAGUCGCCACGUCAAACGUAUCCAUCAGUAUAUCUAUGAUGGCAGCGUGCAGUGCCCGGCAUGCCAACUAGGAUUUGGAACACACGAGGGAAUGGUCAAACACUAUGGCGAGCAGCACAAUUCCGGGUACGAAGUCCACUUCCUCGAGUUCGAUGACGAGUCGAUCUUCAAGCAAUGGCUCAAGCAGCUGGAAUAUCAGUGCUGUGCGAGUUUUGCGAUCCGCGACAGCGAUGCGAAGGGCAAACGGUACAGAUGCUCGGUGGCAGGGUUGACACUGGGUUCCCCUCCCAAGAAGAAAAUGACGACAAAAGGAUUGACCCAUUGCACUGCUUUCGUAAACGCAAAGAUUCAAGAAGGCAAAGUUUCGGCUACGUUUUGCCAGCAACACGUCCACGAACCUCAACCAAAUACCUUGAAGAUCAAAGGUUCAUUAGUGGAGGAAAAAAUCGUACAGCUUCUCGAAAUAGGACUGGACAAGAAGCAAAUAAUCGACGUUUUACGGAAGGAUAUGCAGGAUUUUGAUAGUGUCCCCGCCUCGUACGAUUACAUCGUAACCGAGCGCGACGUCGAGCGCAUCAAGAUGAGCCAUGGUUUAGUUCACGGACGCAGCGAUGCAAACGAUCUCGUAUCUACGGAGAUGCGCAGUUGUGAAGAUUCGGCAGUGAAAUACUAUCGCCCGCCAACUAAUCUUCCAUCCGCCAAUGGAUUUUCGUUAGCAAUCAUGACUGACCUGCAAGCCGGCUGGUUGAAGAAAUACGGAAACAAGGGCCUGGUGGUGGACGACACAGAUGCCGUUCCGGAACUACUACCGGCUCGGUUUAUGACGGAUGAUGAUCCGGUAUUCUGGCGAGGAUUUAAACAAGCUUUUCCCGAAGCCACCUCACAACUGUUGAUGUGCAAGUGGCACCUGCUAAAUAGUUGGAAGCGUAACCUCGGGAAGAUUGACCAGGUGAGUCUGCGAGAAACCAUCAUGGCUGAUCUUCGCACGCUUGUAAAUAUAACGAAUCGCGAGGAGUUUAACGACUACUACCGGUUGUUCACAGAAUCCCUGUCGGGUCACGGCGAAUUGAAAUUCCUUCAGUAUAUAAAGAAAUAUUACGAAGAUCGAAUUGAAGAAUGGGCAGCAUGGAAUCGGGCCGGAUCCCACUUUGGCACGUCGAUGGCAGCCGAAUGUUGGCAUCGCCGCUUGAAAGCUGAGGUCCUACAAGGAAAUCGACGCGGACGAGUCGAUGCGCUCAUCGAGAAGCUUAUUUCUUAUCCGGCAAAGUACGCAGCGCAUCUACACAUCCAAGACUAUCGAUACACGAGUACGACGCGCCGUGAGCAAGAAAUCGUCAAGGCCCACAAGAAAGCCGAAUCCUUGCUUGAUACGGCUUUUCAGUACGAAGAUGGUCGAAUACUGGUCAAGUCCGCCACUUCUGACCAGGUCUACCAGCUCACCAAGAGCGGGUCGUGUGAUUGCAACGUUGCAAAAAAUUUGCACUGCCGAUUUUGCAAAUGCUGCCCGUACGAGUGGCGAUGUACGUGUUUGGCUGCUAAUGUCGCCGGUGUCGUGUGCAAACACGUUCACAUCAUCCACCUCAAAUAUGCCAUCAACAAGGCAGAUGCUGCCCCUGUCGACGAGAAUGAUAAAGACGUCCACCAGGAUAUUCAAGAUGUUCCAACCUAUCCGGAGGAUGCUACGGAGAGCGCCGUGCCACCCGUGCCAGAAGGUGAUGCUGAUGCUAAGGAGCGUGACAUAGCUAUCAAUAAUGCUUAUGCCUUGCUGCACAUGCUGAAGAAGUCGAAGCCGGCCCCUGCUCAUUCAACGGUUAAUCUGCUGAUCCUCGAGGCCAUGAAGUCGUUGAACUGCAGCACACCCGUUUCAAUGGCUACUACGUCGACUAAACCCGUCCCCAUUCGCGAAUCGGCGCAUGCAUUCAGAAUGGAAAGCCGAGCUAUAAAGAAUCGCGCUAAACAGCUUGAGCGAAAAGCCGAUAAU